UCCGAUCUAUGGGUGCCAUCUAUAAAUUGUGCAACAUGCCAAAAUCAAAACAAAUUCAACGCGGCCGCAUCUAGCACAUGUCAGCAAACUGGCCAAACAUUCACCAUAAGCUACAACAGCGGAGGCCAAACCGCCGGUGUGUUAGACAUUGAUGCGCUCAACUUUGGCGGCUUAAUAAUUAACCAACAAACAUUUGCCGAGGCCACCACAAUCACCGGGUCCAACCUAAACACCGCCUACGACGGUAUACUGGGCAUGGCCUGGCCCGCCAACGCCAUUAGUCAAGCUGUGCCGCCAUUUAACAACCUGGUCAAUCAGGGAUCGGUAGCCCCUGUAUUCUCAUUCUACCUGAACCGUGACAUUAAUGGCCAACCGGGCGGUGAACUACUGUUGGGCGGCUCAGACCCCGAUCACUAUACCGGCGCCCUUACGUACGUACCGGUAGUACCGCUCAGUCCUAACGCUCAACAAUUAUGGUGGACGUUUUAUAUGGGCGGCGGUAGUGUGGCCAAUGGUCCACAGUUUUGUCAGGGUGGUUGUAUGGCUAUGGCCGACACUGGGACAACCUUGAUUAUUGGACCCACCGCUGAUAUAAGCAAUAUAAAUGUUUUUAUCAAUGGCCAAGAUCAGGGUAAUGGCUAUUAUAAUGUUGAUUGUAAUAGUGUGGCUAAUUUACCAGUGAUUAGCUUUUGGAUUAAUGGUGUGGAGUUUCCGCUCACACCUAAUCAGUAUGUAGUGAAUAAUGAUGGUAGUUGUCUGUCCGGGUUUGGCUAUGAUACAGGUAGUUCAGCGACUAUAUGGACUUUGGGUGACGUGUUUAUCGGCCCCUAUUAUACCGAGUUUGAUUUUGGCAAUAGUAGGCUUGGAUUUGCUCAGGCUGCU